AUAUAGGCUAGACGUCGUCUUCAGUAUGCUGUCGGAGUUCGAUCAUGACUAGUUUCGAGGACCUGGACGACGAUGUGUUGUACUUGAUUCUCGACUAUUUGUACUUGGAGCGAGUUACUAUUCUUCAAAGCUUACGGCUCACUUCAUUACGUUUGAAAGACUUUGCCGACGCUGUAGCUCACAGGAAUCUUUUGUUGAUCGAUGAUGAAGUUCACGAACAAAUUACCUACCGACUGGCCGAGCGACUGACAGACGCGUCUGACAAGAUAUGUCACUAUGUUCGCGACCUUCGUGUUAUCAACUUCCAGGGCGACGAAAAAAGCUACUGUCUGAAUGUAGCCUUGAUCGCAGACUGUCUCAGUCAUAUCAACAGGCUCGACUCUUUCAGCUGGAGUUGUGAUGCACCGAUCUCACCAAGGAUCCUGGAUGUCUUGCAGCAAUGCUUCCCCAGAGCACAGCUCUGCGCCAAUGUCAGAUUAGUCGACCAAACACUCUUCUCCACAGCACAACUUCAUCGGUUGGAGAUUUCGGUGCCUUGCACAGACCUCUCUGGCGCUGAUAGCAUCUCUUUGUUUCGAUCCCUCAAGCAAGCACUGCUCCAACUCUCCGGUCUUCGCCAUUUACUCCUUGACACGCAUCGCGAUGUCAAUACUGAUCGAAUGGAAGGCGCCGUGAUUGGCUGUCUGCAGGUUCCAUUUGAGCCUGGAGACAGAAUGCCAUCCCUGGUGUCACUCAAACUACGCAGCAGGAGCUACGCUUUCGAUGAAGACCAUUGCAAGCGUUUACUUGCAAGUAUGGAUAACGAAAAACUUCAGCACCUCACGCUUGGCUCGCAAAAUCCUACAAACUUCUUCAAAGUCUUCCUUGGAAGCCUGCCUCAUUUGACAAAUCUGGAGAUCUCAUACGCAUCACUCAAAGAUGACUCGUCGCAUCUCCGCCUAAAGGCAUGUUCGGAAUUUGUAGCUGCGCUUGCCUCACUGAGAGAGCUGGUGCUCCGUUGCGACGAUUUGGAUUUGCGCGCAGACUUCCCUAAGAUGCUAACGGAUGUACAUGGACCUAAUCUUCGUCAUUUAAGCCUGCAGGCGAGACAGGAACAUAUUGAGGGCCCCGUGUACUGUGGCAACAUUCGUAAAUUCUUGUGGAAAUUCUCGAACCUGCGAUCUCUAGAUAUGGAUUUUCCUGAUAUCCGAAGCUACCAUCGGUGUCCUGACUGCGAAGGCUAUCAAUGGGGUGAAUCGAAUCAUUUCUCAUUUGUUCCACCUCUUCCAUCACUGCGCAAUGUUCAGUUGUCCAUCCGAGCACCAUUUAGCGAGUGCUCACUAUUCAUGUACGUCAACAAGCACGCCCACUGCGCAAUUUGCCACCUGUGGACUACCUUUGUAGACCAACCAGACUCGGGGCUUGAGACACUUAGCAUUCGCUUUUGGCGAUGGGAGAGCGGACGCGAAACACGAUUGAGAGAGCUGAUUUACGAUACUACACGCUUACGCGGGCGGCUUACUGUCAAAGUUCGCCACCAUCGUGAGGUCCCUGCUGUAGUGUAUAAGGAGGUCUGGGAAAAGCGGUGGGAUCGGAGGGUGCUAGUAGCUUUUGAGGUCUAGCUGCAAGACUCACUAAGGCUAUUCAAGGUUGUUCACCGGCAUCAUCACAGAGCACGACAACACCACCAAAGAUGCAUCAUGAUGUU